AUACAUUAAUGCGAGAGGUUAAAUCCCACUCAAACACUCUGACAGACAGACCAGCUACUUUAAAAGCAACUGUCGUAAAACUGUCGCGCAACACCAUGACGACAGCUAAAUCACUUUACGGACCGGAGCUUCUGUCAUCAUAUGCCACCUACUGAAGUCUGCAGCAGCUACAGGAACUGACUCAAAAUCAAUUUAAAAAAAAACCCAAAACGUGACAUGGCGUCUCGCUUCCUCAAAUACUCGGUGCUCCUGCAGAAGUAUCGGACUCCACUGCUUAUUGCGAGCUGUGGCGGGGUCUUCGCAGCCAACGUGUUCUACCAUGUUUUCCCUGACAAGUCCUACCGUCAGCUCUAUCAGGCCUGGUACAAAGGAGAGCCGGUCACGCUGUCUGAAAAGCUCGAGGAUGUUUUCCAGCAGGUGAUGAAAGACUAUGGUAUCAGCUCACCCAACAAUUUCUCUGCCUUCGCCUCCUAUGGGUUCCAUCCAGUUGGUGCUGGUGUCCCUUGGCUUCCUGCAGGGGCCCAAAUUGGCCUCCCAGCAAACUUUAACAGUACGGUCGACGACCCGAGCGGAAUCACCAACCGCACCAUUUUCAUCAAUGGCAAAGCGGUGGACUGGAGCAGCGACACGGGCUCUGCUCUAAAGGAGGCACUGGUGUUUUCCCUUGAGGCACAGAAGUUUGCCAUAGCGCGAGAAGUGGCCCGCUUGCAGUGCGGAGGACCUGUUGUGAGUGCUGCUGUUGCCCCGUUCUGCCUGGGUGGGGUUUGGGUGUACAGCGUGGUGCUGAAGCAGAUGUUUGGGCUCCACACCGGGCCUGCACUGCUUCGCGGGGCUGUGAACGUUGUGGCGUUGGGGCUCGGAGCCGUGUCCUACUUCCUCACCUCGGAUGCUGUCAGCCAGUGGAUUGACUUGAGCUCAGACCGUCGCGCAGCGGGAGUGUCCCGGGAUUAUGCCAAAGGAGGGGUAGAGUUUUACGAUAAGAUUCUGUCCAGAAACAAGACACUGCGCUCCCUGAUGGGGCGGAAGGGAGAGGAUAUGUAUGCUCCCAGUGGGAACUUGUUUCCUGCUCACCUCCUUCAGCUGAAACACACAUCGUACACAUCCAGGAGGGAAGGGAUCCUCGCGCUGCUGAAAGACGAGAAAGUUUGAAAAGAAAUGGGAGAGGGUUGUGUUGAGAAUUAAAAUGGUCACUGGGCCUCACCUGAGCCUGUAAUGGUUUGCUGUAAGUUGUGCUUUUUUCUGAAUAGACUGUUGAAAAAUAGAAGGGUGGGAGGAUUCCUGAGCUUCUUUUAGCUGCAAAAACCCCCAAAAAACUGGCCAACGUUUUAUGAAUCUUGAAGUGCGGAACCAGUCAAAUUACAAGACAACUUGUAAAGUCCUGGGGUGACUUAUUUAUCCAACAAAGACUAGAUUUAGAGGGUUAAUUCUUAAUUCAAUUAAAGUGUCAUUGUUUUUGGCUCUAGAUAUUACACUUGGAACCUGUUAGGAAUGAUUAGUGUUGCAAAACACUCAGGUUAACAGGUCUGUUUACCCAAAUUACAAAAAAAAAACAUAUUUCCUUACAUACAUUUAUUGGUAUCUAGCGAUGCAGCGCUUUUAUUUGCCCUGGUUUUGAGAUAUCCAUCUGCAAAAUUUCUGCCGCAACCCCAUUACAACAAGGGCGAAUGGAGUUUUGUUUGCGGUGAUCACAGCACUGAAAAAUAACAUUUAAAAAACUAAACCGCAACAUGUCUUCCCACAAACAAUGUUCUGGUUACCCUGGAUUAUCCAUAAACCUUACUGUGAACAGUUUUCAUUAGAACAACAUUCUACCAAAUAAAUAGUCUUCAUGAAAACAGCAUGUUCGGCGGAUUAUCCUGAAUGACGGGCACAUUAUUUCCAGAAACACACAUCGCUUUUAAAUUCUUUUAAUUGCAAUUUUUAAUUUCUCAAAAUUUGAAACCCUUUAUUUUUUUUCUUCCUGUAGAAUCAGUUGAUCAGUUUUCAAAAAUGGAGAGGGAAGCAGCACAAUACAGGAUAAUGACUAUGUAACACGGGAGAGGUUUCCUAUUGCAGAUCUUCAGCAUGGGCCCAAAUUUCCAAACAACGGUUUGCCCUUGAGUAUCUUCAGGUGCGUUACCACUCAAUGAAAGGCAUGAAAAACCAUUAUGUUACGUUUGGGAUUGUUAUGGAAUGGACAAGCACUUAUUACCUCUGUGCUGUUUGUGUUUUGGUGUGUAAAUAUGGAAAUGCGAGCCAUAAAGCGAUGAACCCUUCCACAGCAGUUGUGUGUACCAUCCAUAUGUGCAUACUUAAAGUACACAUCAUGAUAUGGAUCUGGUUAAUGCAGUAUUUUCCUAGUACAUCUAUUAAAAAAGCGCCAUCUUUCUGUC